GCCCCCUCACACAGUGGCAGCCAGUAGAGGGCGUGGUCACUCGGUGUACACAGCACCACUUACACGCACAAACACACACACAUUCAAGACAACGUUGCACACAACUUUCCACGCAUGGAGCCCAGAGAGACUGUCGAUUAGAAGAGAUGGAGGCCGAGGUGGAGGCGGAGGGCUCCCUCGACCUGAGCCACCUGACGGAGGAGGAACAGUCCAGCAUCCUGCGGGUCUUGCUGCGAGACAUGGAACUGCGGCGUCACGACGAAGGGCGCAUAAGGACGCUGCAGCAGACCAAGACCGACCCCGCGCUCCUACGCACCCUUUCGGGGGCGUGGUUCAGCGAGGCGUCCAGCAGGCGCCACCGCAGCCGCAUGUCCGGCUCUGACCUCGUCCACGCCACCAUACGCCGCAAGGCGCCAAAGUCCAGCGAUGUGCCAAUGGCCGACCUGUUCAACUGGAGAGGGGGGGAGGAGCCGUCAAAAAGCCCCUCCCUCGAAGGGAAGAGACGAUUGAAGGAGUCGAUGGAGGACAGCGCAGAGAGUCAAGCCAGUUUUGAAUCUGCAGCCAGCAGGAAAAGUCCCACAACAAAGGAAGCGUACAUGCAGUACAAGAGGGAGUCGGUGUCGCUGUGCAGCAUCCUGACGGACGGAGAGCCGUCGUCUUUGAAAAGCAACAACUUUCACUCCAGCUCCAUGCUGGGCAGCGGCAUGAUGAGUCUCUUCAGCUCGGGGGUCUUUGGCGUGGUGGAGGUCAAAGGCCGUAUGCAAUUCUCGCUGGCGUUCGACGUCCACAAGGAGGAGCUGCGUGUCAAGGUGCACCGCUGCGAGGACAUCUCGUCUGUGGGCGAUAACCGUUCUGACCCAUACGUGAAGUCCUACCUGCUGCCCGACAUGUCCAGUCGCAGCAAGAGGAAGACGGCGGUGAAGAGGAAGACACAGAAUCCCGUCUUCGAGCAAACUCUCAAAUAUAAGGUACGAGCCAACGAGCUGAAGAGUCGCACCUUGAACCUGUCGGUGUGGCAUGCCGAGCCCCUGGGGAGGAACGUGUUCCUGGGUGAGCUAGAGGUGGCGCUGGGCUUCUGGGACUGGACCAGCACGCAGCCUCUCUGGCAGGAUCUGCAGCCACGGUUUUACUUGCAGCCGGAGUGCAUCAGCAGCCGCGGGAGCCUCCUCUUCUCCAUCAAGUUCAUUCCAGAAGGCUUUGAGGGUGGCCUGCCACUCACAGGAGAGCUCCACAUCUGGCUCCAAGAGGCUCAAGGCCUGCUGUCCAAAAAAGGAGGCGCUGUUGACUCGUUUGUGAGAAGUUACAUCCUGCCAGACGCCGGCUGUCAGAGCGGACAGAAGACGCAGGUGGUGAAGCGCACCGUCAGCCCCACGUACAACCACACCAUGGUCUACGACGGCUUCCAGACCAGCGACCUGGAGGAGGCCUGUGCCGAGCUGACCGUGUGGCAGCGCGAGGGCUUCAAACUCCACAUGAUAGGAGGGAUCCGCCUCAGCUGCGGAACAGGUCAGAGCUACGGCGAGGCUGUCAGCUGGAUGGACUCUACGGAGGAGGAAGUGUCCGUGUGGUCCUCCAUGAUCAAAAACCCAAACCACUGGAUCGAAACCACACUGCCCAUUAGAACCAACCUCACGCAACGCUCCUCCGAUUGACAGGGACUGAAAAAAUUGUUACAUUAGCUCACUUUUUUCAAACGAUUCUUCUCCAAGUAGACAUUGUGAACGAAUGAAUCAGAUUACUUUUUGAAAAGAUCCUUGUACCUGUUUUUAUCUCGCACAACAGCUGUGACCUUGUUUUCCCUCCUGUAAUUAAAUAACAAACCUGUUUUCUAGGUUGCCUGCUCGGUGGAAAUAUUAUACUAAGCAGACACAUUUAGUCAGACGAGCUUGAAAUGCAGACUGAUAGAAUUGCAAUGGUGACAAUGCCAGUCAAGUUUAGACACUUUUGCAUCCUGUUCAAUGACAAAGUGUCUCCAAACUUUUGACUGGUACUGUAUGUCCCAGUUAUCAUUGGCAAAUAUAAUAAUAAAUGAAUAAUAUUGAAAUUUAACUAAAUGUUCGUUUUGUAGAUACUAAAUACCAUACUAAAAUCUAAAAUACGAGAAACACAACAUUGCUGUAGCAUACAUGCCAGGCUGCUAAAAGGCAGUGUGAUUACUUCUAAUACCACUACUUCUACUACUAUUAAUUGUUGAAUGGUUUGCGCAAUACUGCAAAUUUUGGUAUGGAUCCGAUACCUUUUAAAUAGAGAGCCGGUAAUGCCGAUAUUGAUUUUACUUGAAAAUGUUUAAUUAUUUGGUGAUUUAUAUGUGUGUAUCCUGAUUAUAAUCAGAAUAAAACACAUUUUAGGCAAACAAAUGUGUUACCAUCAACAAAGUUAGUUGUGAAUAAUAUAAAAAUGACACAAUACAACGUCCAUCCAUCCAUUUUCUGUGCUGCUUAUCCUCUCAUUUAUUACAUACAAUUGAGCAAAAUGAGUAAACAAAAGCAAAAACUGCUAUUGUCUCUUAAAAGUAAAAUCAUUUUGUCUUUUUGCUACCGAUGUAAUGAUACAAAAAAUUGUGAAAAUUAAACAGAAAUAAACUGACAAAUACCGAUAGUAUCACGCUAGUAUCAUC